UCCCAAAGUCCAACCCCCACGGCUUUCAUUUCAGGAAGAAUUAACACAAACGCCAUGUAGAGAGUUUUUCCCUCAGUUGUUUUAUUGUUCCGAUUUAUGGCGAUUUGACGAUAUUUGUGAGGUUUACAAUCUCAAGCAUCCUAUGUAGCCAACAGGCCUACGACCCAAGUGUCUGCCGGUUUGAGACCAGAAACAUGGACUGGACGAUUAGCAGUCGGGCCCUGGUGUGGUGCAUUUUGGCAUUUCUUUGCUGCUUUGGAUUCCCACAAAAGGGCUGUUUUUGCAAUGCCAGCACAGUUUCCCUUCCUGAGAGUCUGCUUUUUGUAUCCACUCUGGAUGGAAACCUCCAUGCCGUUAGCAAGAAGUCGGGCUCUAUCAAGUGGACUUUAAAAGAAGAUCCAGUUCUUCAGGUCCCCACUCAUGUUGCAGAGCCUGCCUUUUUACCAGAUCCAAAUGAUGGUAGCUUGUAUUCACUUGGAGGAAAAAACAAUGAAGGGCUCACGAAAUUGCCAUUUACAAUACCUGAGUUAGUCCAAGCUUCUCCGUGUCGCAGUUCAGAUGGAGUUCUCUAUAUGGGUAAGAAGCAGGACUUAUGGUACGUGGUGGACCUUUUGACUGGAGAAAAGCAGCAGACCCUGACGUCCUCAUUCGCUGAGAUGUUUUGUCCAUCAUCAUCUUUGCUCUACUUGGGACGCACAGAGUAUACCAUUACAAUGUAUGACACCAAAAGCAGAGAGCUGCGCUGGAAUGCCACUUACUCUGAUUAUGCUUCAACGCUUCCUGAUGAUGAUACAAAGUACAAAAUGGCUCAUUUUGUAUCAAAUGGUGAUGGCCUUGUGGUAACUGUGGACAGUGAUACUGGCGAUGUCCAGUGGGUGCAGAACUACAACUCACCAGUAGUAGCCAUGUACAUUUGGCAGCGCGAGGGCCUUCGGAAAGUGCCUCACACAAAUGUUGCCGUGGAAACCCUGCGUUAUCUCACUUUCAUGUCAGGAGAUGUUGGGCGCAUUACACAGUGGAAGUACCCAUUCCCCAAAGAGCAGAAGCCCAAGAACAAAUUUUUGGCCACAUUAUAUGUGGGCAAAUAUUCCACAAGUCUCUAUGCCUCUCCCUCUCUUGUUCAUGAUGGUGUGACUGUGGUGCCUCGUGGGAGUACUUUUCCCAUGCUAGAGGGACCAGACAGCCAGGAAACUGAAGAGGACAAGGAAUGUGUCAUCACUCCAAGCACCAGUGUCAAGUUUAACGCUGCACUUCGGGAACGAAAUCGUAUCAAUUUUAUGAGGAACUACCUACUUUUGAUUGGUCACCAUGAGACCCCUCCAGAAGCUCACCACAAGAUUCUAGAGAAAUUUCCUGACAGCUUUCCUCGCAAUCAAGGCAAUGUCAUCCCACCUACAACAGACAAGAAAUUAGAUGAGAAGGUGAAUGACAGCGGAAUGAAUGAUGGUACCCCGACACCUCCUCCUCCUGAAACUUCAAUACAAGAACCGGGAGCAAGUGGGCGCUCUAUGAAACCCGAGGCCCCAGUGGACUCAAUGCUCAAAGACAUGGCUACAAUAAUCUUCUCUACCUUCCUUUUGGCUGGUUGGCUGGCUUUUGUCAUUACCUAUCCAAAGAGUGUGCAAAAACAGCAGCAGCUUCAGCACCAGGAGUUUCAGAGGCAGAUGGAAGAGAGACUGGAGCUGCUUAAGAGGCAGCAGCCAUUUCCCACCACAGACCUGGGACUGACUCUCACACCGGACAGUGACUAUCUGGAUGCGGCCCACCUUCGCUCAGAGGGCUCUGACCACAGCAGCCCCAAUGUCACGCCCCGAGCAUCCAACCACUCCAAUAUGUCUACAUCUGAAAUGGGAAACUUGGCCAAUGAACAUGAUGAUGGAGAGGACACGAGCAUGGUAAGGGUGGGCAACAUAACAUUCCAUCCUAAAGAAGUCCUAGGUCAUGGUGCAGAAGGAACUAUUGUGUACAGGGGUCAGUUUGAUAAUAGGCCUGUAGCAGUGAAGAGAAUCCUCCCUGAGUGCUUCAGCUUUGCAGACAGAGAGGUUCAGCUUCUUAGGGAGUCUGAUGAGCAUCCGAAUGUGAUCCGCUACUUCUGUACGGAGAGAGAUCGCCAGUUUCAAUAUAUUGCCAUUGAGCUGUGUGCUGCUUCUCUUCAGGAGUAUGUGGAGAGGAAAGACUUUGAUCGCCAUGGACUUGAACCAGUCAUGCUCCUUCAGCAGACAAUGUCAGGACUUGCUCACCUUCACUCUCUCAACAUAGUGCACAGAGAUCUGAAGCCUCACAACAUUUUAGUUUCAAUGCCCAAUGCUCAUGGUCGUGCCAAGGCCAUGAUUUCAGAUUUUGGCCUGUGUAAAAAACUUGCUGUGGGCCGACACAGCUUCAGCAGAAGGUCUGGUGUCCCUGGUACAGAGGGAUGGAUCGCACCUGAAGUUCUUAGUGAGGACUGCAAAGAUAACCCAACAUGUGCCGUGGAUAUUUUCUCUGCUGGCUGCGUCUUUUACUAUGUGGUGUCCCAAGGCAGUCAUCCUUUUGGUAAAUCUAUACAGAGGCAAGCCAACAUUCUACUUAGUAAAUACAGUCUGGAGCACCUCCAAAUUGACAAACAUGAGGAUAUUGUAGCCAGAGAUCUGAUAGAGCAAAUGCUGAGUAUGGAGCCCAUUAAAAGGCCCUCUGCAGAGUGUAUCCUUAAACACCCGUUCUUUUGGACCUUGGAAAAGGAGUUGCAGUUCUUCCAGGAUGUUAGUGAUAGAAUUGAAAAGGAACCGCUGGACGGACCAAUUGUUAGACAGCUGGAAAGAGGGGGAAGGGCUGUGGUCAAGAACGACUGGAGAGAGCACAUUACUGUACCACUGCAAACAGAUUUGAGGAAGUUUCGUUCCUAUAAAGGUGGUUCUGUUCGAGACUUGUUGCGUGCAAUGAGAAAUAAGAAACAUCACUACAGAGAGCUGCCUGCUGAUGUCCAAGAGACUCUUGGCUCUGUCCCAGAUGACUUUGUGUCAUACUUCACAUCCCGUUUUCCUCAUUUACUCAUACACACAUACCUAGCCAUGCGGACCUGUGUAACAGAGAGGCCUUUUCUGCCUUACUACUCUCCAAAAAUGCAGCUUCUACAAACAGUAAUUGAACAUGCUCAUAAAGAUGCACAAAAACAAAAUGACCAAUGCCAACCGCAAACAUCAUUAGGAACUACACAAGAACCUUUGAAACCACCACCACAGUCCUGUGAAAUGACACAGUUGUCUUCAUCACAAAUGUUGCCUGUUGAAACGGUGCAGCAACAAGACCUGAUUGAUCAGGUACAAUGUUCUAACAUUUUAUUGAAGGAAGAACAGUCCAAAUUGUCACUGGCCCUCCCUUCUUCACCGGAUCAUAAACCUGACUCAGUGGAACCAGGUUUCGAGGACAUCGCACAGACACAAACGUUGCCUUAAACGUGGACUCAAAAAGGGAACGUUGCUUUGCUGAUGAGGACCAGGCCUGCAGUGCCUGGGAUGCACUGGUUGAAGCAGCUCUUACCUUUCACAAAGUGCCUUCGGCUCGCCAAGUUUUGCCAUGUCAUUUACUUGUCGGGUUGUCUUGUAACAGGGCUGUUAAGUGAAUAUUUUAUUUUGCAACAACGUCCAAAAUGGUAUUUAUCUGUAAAUGGCCUUUUGUAAGAAAUGUAGAUGUUGUUGAGAUUUUUGGGUAGUUUUAUUGUGCAAUCUUGUACAGUAUUUGAGUGUGUUCAGUGCACAUAUUUUUGUACAGACUGAUUCUUAAAUAUGGAUCACUGGUAAUUUUAUGUGGCCAAUGUGCCUUUUUACCACUGUGCUGAAGACAGCUUUUUUUAAAACUAUGCUAAAUGUGCUUGAUUCCAACUUGUGCUGCUAGCUCCUAGUAAUUUGCAAAUCAAGCUCAGAAAUGGACUGCUCGAAAGAUUGUGUAGCUUCUCUAUACUUCAAAUUAAAAUCAGUGAUCAUAUGUGGUUUUAUCAGAGGCCAUAAUUCUGUUGCAACUUUGUAAGACAUGGCAUAAAUUAAUGAUUAUUUGCACAUUAAACAUUUAUUACUUUUCUAUUUAAUAUAAA